AUGUUGGACAGGUUUCCUGGAGACCUGUGUAUUCCCGGUGGAGGGUUGCGUAAACCUUGUUUCUCGGGCGAUACAGGUCUCGAGAUCUGUUCAGGCUGUGCAACCGGCAGCUCGUCGUCGCGCUUUCUGAACCGAAGCUCAGAGUACAGCGAUCCCUUGUCCUCCACAGACUUGUGGUCGACCUCCGGCACCUUUUUCGGUGAGGUUUGCGAGUUGAUAGUCUGUGUUUCCAAAGCAGGAGACCGAGGCUCUGCUCCGAACGCGUUCUUUGGAUUCGGAGCAAACGUUGGCGAUUGA